GUAACAAUUAUGUUUUAAUGUUGUUAGUGUGCUUUUAGUUAACUGUUAUUUCCAGUCUAUUUCAUCUUUUUUUCAAUUUUACAAAAUUUGGUCAAUUCAUGGAUUCUCAAUUCGAGUGUCAUCAUGAUGUUUAACUAUUCGUUCAGUGUCUUACAUUAGCUUCGGUGCAGUUGGUCUACGUCAUUUUCCAGAAUUCAUAGCUAUCUUUGUAAUUGUUUUAUCUAAUUAGCCUGUUGUUCGUUAUAAUAUGAGGUGUAAUGAUGAGCUGUUAGAAUGUUCGUUUUGGUUCAACUACGUGUCAAACCGCCCCAUUUAUUGUCUAACUGAAUGCCAAUUUCAUUUGGGUUAGAGAUUGCACUUAAAACAAUAUUCUUGAAUGGUGUCACAGUUGAAACUGUUUGAGCCUGAAAAGUGUAUGAGACUGAUCGGCAGAAAGAUAAGCAGCUAAUUUGAUUAUUUUACCAAUGGUUAAAACAAUGAAAUUUUAGAUGAACGCGGCAAAUAGUUUAGUCAUUGUAGAUUCCGGCUGACUCUAAAUCUUGUCAUAUUGUCAAUUAAGCUCAUUUACAACCAGUGUUUCAGCAAUUUGCCUGUGACUCCCUCCAUGUAUAUCAACCAUAUUUAUAACUUUACAGCUAUGAUUGAUAGUAACUUAUCAGACAAUCUAAGUGGUGGCAAUCAGUUCCAUUAGUCAACUCAUCAUGAAGACUCAUUCAUUGUACAAGAUUUUCUGGUUAUCAUGUCAAAGUGAAACCGUAACCAUCCGUUAUGUUCGCUGACUCGAAUCCUGCAUGUGUUUUAACAAGUAAGGAUUUAUUGGACGCCAUUAGGAGCCAAUCGCUCGAGAAACUCGUCCAAAUUAGUUGCUGUCAUUUCCUUGGAGACAUAUAAAAAAUUUUGGUUGCAAUCAAUUGGUACCGAUAAGACUGUUUAUUUUACAAAAGGAAGUUUACAACAACAUAUAAAAUACCGUCCAAUGAAUGAUUUUGGUUCAUUUUCUCGAGCUCAUUCAAACAACUCAAGACGAAUAAUUGUCUUUUUUGGUGUUUGUUUGAUUUUUUUCAUCUUUUACUUUACCAUAGAUUCCCUUGGAACAUCACCAGCUUACGACUAUCAUCCCUCUAGGGUAUCUAUUCCGGACGUUGAUUAUCAAGCUGCUAAUGGAAAUCAGGUGCAAAACGGUGUAGAUGGUUCACACAUUGGUCAAAAGAAGGUUGAUCGUCCAUUGACUAUUCAGGAAGCUCCUAAAAUAUUGAUAUGGACCGGACUUUACCAAGAUCCAACCUGGGAACAUAGUGUUGAAAAGCUAUUACCUUGUGGAUGUUUUGUAACUCGGAAAAGAACCUACUUAAAUGAAGCGAAAAUCAUCAUCUUUCAUUGGAGGAAUCUUCAGGUUAACGAUUUACCGGUAAAAAGGAGUGACCAAAAAUGGAUCUGGCUUCAUACCGAAUCACCUCACCACACUUGGCGAUCCAAUGUAAUGUCAAGUUUACAAAGUAAAUUUGAUUGUUGGGCUACAUACCGACAAGACUCCGAUUUUUACAUUCCUUAUGGAGUAAUAGAGCCAAGAGACAGUUUUAAUGCCUCCAUGGAUAGCAAUUUAAUUUCAACAAAACUAGAGUCAAAGCCUAAAUCAAUUGCUUGGAUGGUUAGCAAUUGUAAAGCUCCUUCUGGGCGUGAUGAUUAUGUUAAACAGCUAUCUAAUCAUAUUGCUGUUGAUAUUUAUGGUGCUUGUGGUAAAUUAAAAUGCUCAUUUUUCUCGGACUUUCGUUCUCAGGGUUGCUGGCAGAAAAUGGCCAAUGAAUACAAGUUUUAUCUCUCUUUUGAGAACUCUAUCUGCACAGACUAUUUUACUGAGAAAGUGGUCAACAUUAUGAGCUACAAUAUCAUUCCUAUAGUUUUCGGUGGUGCUCAAUAUUCAUCCGUCCUGCCCAAUCACUCAUUUAUUAAUGCCCUUGAUUAUAAAUCACCCAAAGAAUUAGCUUCAUAUUUAAAUUAUUUAUCAUCAAAUGAAACAGCUUACAAUGAAUACUUUGAUUGGAAGAAAAGUUAUCAUGUAAAAUUAAUGAUUCCUGAUCGUUAUGACGAUAUCUUUUGUCAAAUUUUCACUGGGUUAACGGGGCCAGAGCCGAAACAAUGUAAAGGUACUAAUGGUGAGAAUCUAGUCAAAUGGUGGUUUGGAGGUGGACAUUGUAAAAAGUGGAGACCUAAUAUUGGACUGGUUAAGCAUGAGGUGUAUUAAGAUUAUUUCUUUUUAAUAAUCAUCUUACCAAUCAAAGUGGCUGUGAUAUUAAUUUAAAUUUUAUUACAAAUAUAUUGAUCAAAUGUUACCUGUUACAGUUCAGAUGGUCAGACAGUGCCUCGUAUUAAAGUUUAACAAUUGAAUUUGAAAACUAUAAAAUCACUUUGAGUACAGUUUUAGUUGUGUUGCGGAAAAUGAUAAAUCUAUUUUUGAUUCAACUUGUUAUUUCCAAUAUUGUAUCAUAAUCUUAUUUGAUUAUCUUUCAUUGUUCAUGAUGAUGUAUCCAUAUUUUCGCCAGAUUGUGACAGCUCAGCUGUUAAGUCAGCGAGUGUCUUUACAGAAUAUAAACUUUUCUCAUCACAA